CCAAGUCUAGAAAGAGGGGAAGAAAUCCCGGAGGGGAAGAACAGAAAAACGAUCAUGGCCACCGCGGGAGCAAGCGCCAGCUCCGCUGCCGUCUCCUCCGCCUCCGCUGCUGCUGUUGCCGCCUGCCCGUCAACUGUAGCGCCUUUUGCUUUGCGGAAGAACUACGUGACCCUUAAACAGCUGCAAGAUCUGCGCCUCAAGGAGCAGUUCGACGAAGAAAAGAAGCUUCGCGAUUGCGAUUUCAAUAUCAAGGGAGCAGAAGCGGCCCGAUCCAGCCGCCAUCGGCCUCCUCGUGGAUUUCGGAGACGGGCGGCUCCGUGGCCGGCACCGUUGUCGAUUUCGGAGUUGACCGGGCGGAAGGGGACUGCUGAUGAUUCCGCCCCGGCCUUUGCAAUUGGCGAAUCUGCUGGGGGAGAUGGUAAGCGGGCUUGGAAGGGUAAGGAUACACUAAAAUCUGAUGCACAGAAGCGCGCAGGACCGGAGGAGUCUUCGGAGAACCCCAUUCCGGCGAACAAGGAAGGCAAUGGUCGAAAUCGGUCGGCAAGAGCGCAACUUAAGCUUACUGGGGUUUCUGGUGAUGAACCGAAGGCGGCGGUCCUCGAAUCUGAGCGAGCAUCUCGGGACAAGCCCAUCUCGGCGAAGGAGGGCAAGGGUCAAAAUCGCCAGGCGAGUCUUCAGCCCAAGCUCCCCGGGAUUUCUGGUGGUGCAUCGGAGGUGAUGGUUAUCGAAUCUGAGGAGGCAUCUCGGAAAAAUCACAUUCCGGUUAGGAACGAAGGAGAGCGUCGAAAUCGGCACCGAGCGUCGGCGCGGCGAAAGCGAGCCGGGGUUUCUGGUGGGGAUGCCGAAUCUAAGGGGGCAUCUUCAAAGAAUCCCUUUCCGAUGAAGAAGGUAGGCGAGGAUCAACAUCGGCCAAAGCUCACCGGGAUUUCUACCGGUGGACCGGAGGUGUCAACUACUGAAUCUAAAAAGGCACCUUCGAAGAAUCCCAUUCCGAUGAAGAAGGUAACAGAGAAUCAAAAUCGACGGCGAGCGAUGGCUCAGCCAAAGCUCGCCGGGGUUUCUUGUGGUCAACCAGAGGUGGUGGUCACCGACGAAUCAUCUUCAAGGAAUCCCAUUCCGAUGAACAAGGAACGAGAAGUUCAAAAUCAGGGCCUGACGCAGCCCAAGCUCGCCUAUUUUCCUUGCAACCGGCCGGAGCCUUCGGUGCAGGUGCAGCAGCAGGGCUUCAAAGGAGGCGAGGAAGCCAUCACCAGAACGCCGAGAAAGGCGUCAAAUCCGGUGAGAGGCGGUGGUCGGCGGUCGAGAAAACUCGGUCCGGCUGGCUCGGUCUGGGUCAGGAAGACCCUAAGCUCUUAAAUGGUUCUAGGCAGACCAUGGCAAGGUACCUUACCAAGUUACCAUCACUCCAUUGCAUUAUCUUCCGUAGAGCUUGGCCGGUGAAAAAUUUCCGUAGAAUCAGAUUGAUCGCCCCAGGUUCAUCAGGUGCUUCGCCCACACCGGAACUCGCCUCUCUAUCCGUCUCGAGUUGGCUCAGGUUGCCCUUCUCUUUGAUGAGCUGAGUAUGGUGGUGCUUGCAGUAGAGUUUUCCGUCGUGGGCAAUGUAGUUAGAAGGGCUGAUGACGCAUCCGCCAUGGCAGCAUUUGAAGCAGCUCUUGUGAUAUGCCGCUCCAUUAACCUUGACCUUCAAGAAGUAUACAGUUCGAUCGAUCAGUUCAUCGAUACAUAAGCAUUUUAUUUGAUCACAAUAGUCUGAGAAAUAACCCUUUCAGUUGGUACCAUGAUUUUUAACUCGGUGUCAGUAUCGAAUCUAACAGGCUUACGGAAAACUCGAAUUGCUCUCUACCUCAUUGUCGAUAGGCUUCUCUGGUUUCACAAUUUUUGGGGUCCCUAAAGGUUGCAAACGAGAGCAGUUUCAAGUUUCAGAACAUCAAGAAAUUUUCAUUUGGAAAUGACAGAAAAUGACAGGGACCUUCGAAGCUUUUCUCCAGGCUGCCUGUGGUUUUGUACAGCUGAUCAAAAUGGGGUUUGCAAUAUAGCACUCCUUCAAAGGAAUUGAAGUUUCCCAACUGCACAAAACUAAAAAUGAGGAGGCGCAACGAUGAAGGGAGAAGGAAAAGAUGAUUGAACCUUCAAGGUGCCAUUGCAGUGGUGGCAGCGGAAGCAGGCCUUGUGGUAGGGCCGCUUAUCGGCGAUGAGCUUGUCGACCAAAUACACCGUCUUGUCGCAAGCAGUGCACUUGGUGGUUGUCCCCUGAAAUGCCAUUGUUGUCUCUACCUUCCGGUAGCUCGGAGAAUUAAUCGAUGAGUAAAUGAAUGGUGAAUGGAACUUGGUGUUGUUUGAUCCCAAGGGAGAGGGGAGGAAGCAUGGGGGACGGAGAGGGAGGAAGGAGGAAUAAAAGGAAGUGAGGGGAAGAGAAUUGCGGAGGAGCCAACAAAAGCAAAUAGGAAGAGAGGUAGUGAAGGAUAAUGGUGGAUGAGAAGACAAGCCAUUAUUAGCUAGAAAGAAAGGUAAUGGUUUGUGAAGUGUCCAACUCCCCAAAUCUUCUUGCC